AUGUCAAAGAUUCAUCCAGCAUAUCAUCAUAGAAAGAUGCAAAGCAAACCUCUUGUUUACCUCAACGACGAUGAUCACGAAGAUAAUAAUAAUACUUGUCCUCCUCCUCCUCCAUCUCGGUUAAUAAUAAGUAGGCUGAGGGCUAUCUUCACAAUGUGGAAGAAAUUCAGUAUGAGUUUCCAAGGAACAGAUGGAUUUACCGUGUUUGAUAAGCAAGGCAGAUUAGUUUUCCCGGUAGACAACUAUACACCAAGGAAAAAUCGGUCCAUUGCUAGCCGAGGGAGCAGAUCUGGUGGACUUGUACUCAUGGAUGCACAUGGUAAAUGA